CUUGGGGCGCAUCCUCACAGAGCUGCCCCUCUACACCCCCGCCGCAUACGGGCGAGGCGGCCCCCUUCCAGAGGGAUGGAGAGGGAGUACCCACCUUAGUUCUUGCGGGACCCCGAGUAAACGACUGCGUGUGGCCUGAACCGCGGUCUUGGGAGAGGGACCGAUGGGCGCGUCCCCGCAGACGGACCGCUGACGUGUGGGCGGCGGGCGGCGGAGUCGCGGCGCCAAGGAGAGCCGUGCUCGUGCUCGUGCUCGUGCUCGCGCCCGCUCUGGCCGUGCGCGCGCGUUCCCGCCGCAGCCCCGGCCGCGCCCGCCCCGCCUCUCGGAGCCGGCUCCAGAGCCCGGUCCUCGAGCGGCAGCGGGGGCUGCCGGAGGGACGAUGAGCGGCGCGGCGCGGGCGGGUCUGGCCCGGCUCGCGGCGCUCACACUGCUGACCUGCAGCCUGUGGCCGGCGCGGGCGGACAACGCAAGCCAAGAAUACUACACGGCGCUCAUCAACGUGACGGUGCAGGAGCCCGGCCGCGGCGCCCCGCUUACGUUCCGCAUCGACCGCGGGCGCUACGGGCUAGACUCUCCCAAGGCCGAGGUGCGCGGCCAGGUGCUGGCGCCGCUGCCCCUGCACGGAGUUGCUGAUCAUCUGGGCUGUGAUCCUCAAACACGGUUCUUAGUCCCUCCUAAUAUCAAACAGUGGAUUGCCUUGCUGCAGAGGGGAAACUGCACAUUUAAAGAGAAAAUAUCACGGGCUGCUUUCCACAAUGCAGUGGCUGUAGUUAUCUACAAUAAUAAAUCCAAAGAGGAACCAGUCACCAUGACUCAUCCAGGCACUGGAGAUAUUAUUGCUGUCAUGAUAACAGAACUGAGGGGUAAGGAUAUUUUGAGUUAUCUGGAGAAAAACAUCUCCGUACAAAUGACAAUAGCUGUUGGAACACGAAUGCCGCCAAGGAACUUCAGCCGUGGCUCUCUAGUCUUCGUGUCAAUAUCCUUUAUUGUUUUGAUGAUUAUCUCUUCGGCAUGGCUCAUAUUCUACUUCAUUCAGAAGAUCAGAUACACAAAUGCACGGGACAGGAACCAGCGUCGUCUCGGAGAUGCAGCCAAGAAAGCCAUCAGUAAAUUGACAACCAGAACGGUAAAAAAGGGUGAUAAGGAAACUGACCCAGACUUUGAUCAUUGUGCAGUCUGCAUAGAGAGCUAUAAGCAGAAUGAUGUUGUCCGGAUUCUUCCCUGCAAGCAUGUUUUUCACAAAUCCUGUGUGGAUCCCUGGCUUAGUGAACAUUGUACCUGUCCUAUGUGCAAACUUAAUAUACUGAAGGCCCUGGGAAUUGUGCCAAACAUGCCAUGUACUGACAACGUAGCAUUUGAUAUGGAAAGGCUCACCAGAACCCAGGCAGUUAACCGAAGGUCAGCCCUAGGUGACCUUGCCAGCGACAGCUCUCUUGGCCUUGAGCCACUUCGAACUUCGGGGAUAUCACCUCUUCCUCAGGAUGGGGAACUCACUCCUAGAACAGGAGAAAUCAAUAUUGCAGUAACAAAAGAAUGGUUUAUUAUUGCCAGCUUUGGCCUCCUCAGUGCUCUCACACUCUGCUACAUGAUCAUCAGAGCCACAGCUAGCUUGAAUGCUAAUGAGGUAGAGUGGUUUUGAAGAGAAGAAAACUGCUUUCUGACUGAUUGCCUUGAAGGAAAAAAGAACCUAUUUUUGUGCAUCAUUUACCAAUCAUGCCACACAGCAUUUAUUUUUAGUACAUUUUAUUUUUUCAUAAAAUUGCUAAUGCCAAAGCUUUGUAUUAAAAGAAAUAAAUAAUAAAA